CAUGUAAAUGGUAAAAUGGCUAUUUAGGAACUCACAUCAUAAUUUUGUUUGCUUUCAGAGAACAGCGAUGACUUUGAUGAAUUUGAAGAUGAACCGGAUCAAGAAGUAGGAAGUGCUGAAGAUGGCAGGAGGGGUCUCUUUGGUGAGGCAAACAGCGUUUCACAAAAGAAAACUGUUUCAAGGAGACCACGAGAGAAGGUAAAUUCUUAACUAAUCUUCAGUUGAAUUUGAUUCUGCAAAAUAACAACACUAUUUAAUUACAGAUAUUUCGUGACAUUGGGCAAAAACUAAACGAAACUGUGGCACUUCCUCAAUUCCCAGAACAUCUUAAGGAGUCUCUGAUGAAGGGUCUAGUGUAUGUCCAUCAAAAUCAUACUAAAGCAAUGAAUGACUUUCUAAUUAAACACAUGAUAAAGCAAACUGGUGGAACAUACUUAGAAAAAAAGGAGCUCCAAAUAAUAAAAGCCCAGUUUGUUGAGCGAUUAAAAACUAUGGAAAUGGAUGAAGAUCUGGUUCAAUUUUACGGGGUGAGAAAAGUCAGUUUUCUGAAUUGUCUGUACUCUAAAUGGUUAUCUGAAUCUAUGAAAAUUUUCUGCUUGCACAAGGAAAAUAUCAUCCAAAAAUUGAGUAAUUCUACGAGAAACAGGAACAGCCACAUCAGAAACAGGAAACCAAGGUUAGCAGCAGCAAGAGCAGCUCGGCUUCUUUCACCACCACAGCGAAUUGAAGAGCCUGAUGAAGAUGAGAGUGAAGUGGCAGAAAGAUUGCUGCGUAGUCCUGUUUUGAAUAAGGAAGUUGUUAAGAACGCGCUCAGAAAGACACAGGAACGGGAGUCUUUUAUUAGAGCAAACCCUGUCACAGAGACAAUGUUAAGGUACCCAUAUCUCUCUGAUGCAGAAUUGUUAGUUGAAGACUAUGCAAGCAGAAAGUCAAUGGAGGUCAUAAAAAUCAAGAUGAACUUUGAACUAGAUAUCCUACCUCUUGCUACAGUUUUCAGCAAGGAAGAUUGCCCACAGAGCGAGCUACAAAAGCUACAAUUAAUAAAGGAAAUUGACACUUACUUCACUCAAAAUGAACAAGAUUGGCCAUGCAUCAAGUUGUGUUACGAUCAAUGUGGUGGUGUGCCAGUCAGUGAAAUUCCACGUGGACAAGCACCAGCGAUAAUAGCUGUAACAAAUGACAAAGAUAUAACUAGUGUCCACCUGGUGUUUAAUGGUGGUAUUUUAAUUUCACAUAAGCAGCCAACAGCAUUUCUAGCAACUGCUUUGACCUUAGGUAGUUACUAUGUCUUUGACAUAAACUUUCCCGAUGCAUACAUGAGGCUACUUAAAGUGCUUGACUGUAUAUUGCACAAAACGGAACCAAGCUCCAGAGAUGAGACAGAUGUAAAAACCUUCAUGAAGAAAAUGAAAGAAGCAAGAAGAUUUCUACUCAAUUCAAUACAGUAAUCUUGAAGUAAAAUAUGCUCAACAGAUAAAUAUUAGAAAUUGUAAAAAAUAUGUAUAGUUUCAGUAGCUUAAAAGAACAGUAUCCACAAUGAAUUUGUUUGUCAGGAAUUGUUUGAAUAGAUACAUGGUAUCCAAGGAAAAUGAUCACUUCCAAUAACAUUCCCAGACGGUUCCCAGAUAAGAAAUUAAGACUGAUGUUAUUAUAAACUUUAACUUCAAAAAUGAAAAAUUUAAUUAGAUAUAAAAUUAGAAUAGGAAAUUAAUUUAUCUAUUGUUUUAAUUAUUUUGAUAAUCUAUACAAGCGUUAGGAAUAACCAGUUCAUCACCUAACAGCGUUGAAAUCAGUAAAGAUUCCUUAAAAUUGUCCAAAGAAAGUUCAUUGUCAUCAACUGCAAUGUAAAAGAUUUGAUUUUCAAUAGAAGAUAUUUUAGAGUACCUCUCUAGAUUAACAAAGAAAUCAAAAAGAUGAAAAAUAUGUAAUUGU